UCAGAACUCAAGUUAACCUACGUUUAACUGGUUUAUAUGCGGUUUAAACCUCUUGUAAACCAUUUAACUCCUAUGAACUAGCUCUGGAUAGCGCGCAUAUAUGUACAGUUCUAAGAUUCGUACAAACCGUGAUUCUAGCGGAAUGGCAAUUGCUAGGAGAGGUUAUGUUUUGCUGAAAACUGCUAAUAAAUCCUGCAAAUCGUUAUGACCUGACAAACAAGACACGUAGACCCGAGAUAAGCCCACAUAAGCGACCGAAAGCUGGAGAAUAGGUGAGAGCGAUUACCAAAUACAUCGGCAGGUUUGGUGGGAUACAUGUCGCAGGUGUUAAUAAAAGAUCCGCGCAAGGAGACAAUGGUGUCUUUACACGAGUGGAGGCGAGCACUGCACACUCCCCACAUCUACCGGGUGGGUAACAGUGCAUUACGUAUCCAGAGUCCGUAUCGGAUGUUCUUCUUCGUCGCUGUGAUCUUGACGAUCCUGUACUGGACGCAUCCAUGGCUGCGGAAUACCCUGUGCAGUGGCAGUAUCAGCAGCAGCGUGAGGUCCUUGGCACCAUGCCACUACCGAUACUACACUUACAAUAAGACUUAUCCAUUGACUCCUCCAAUUCGCACCAGCACCAGGGUUUCUUACAGAAUAGCCAUUGUAAGCGAUUUGGACCAUGAUUCAAAGAGUACGGAAAACAAGAAUAUGUGGUUUAGUAUGCUUAAGAAGGGUUGGCUAGUCUGGAAUUUUAAGAACGAGAUUUCGGUUUCUUGGGAUGAAGAUACUACAAAACUGAUGUCUACCCUGGGCAUGAAAGGAAGAGGAAUGGAACUCUCGGAGCUGGUAACUUUCGAUGGACGAUUAAUUACGGUUGAAGAUCGCACGGGGUUGGUGUAUUUCCUUGAGAACGAUAAGAUUUAUCCUUGGGUUAUUCUUAUGGAUGGUGAUGGAAAGAAUACUAAAGGCUUUAAAUCCGAGUGGGCGACCGUGAAGAACGAGCAGCUUUAUAUUGGAAGCAUGGGAAAGGAGUGGACAACGAGUUCGGGGGUGUUUGAAAAUCACAAUCCACAGUGGGUGAAGGUAGUGUCACCUCUUGGGGAAACGCACUCCCUAAAUUGGAUUUCUAACUACAAGCGCUUGAGGCAGACGAUUGACAUAGAAUUUCCUGGCUACAUGAUACACGAGUCUGCGGCCUGGAGUGAUGUACACAACUGCUGGUUCUUUCUACCUCGGAGAUGUUCCAAGGAAAGAUACAACGAAACCUUGGAUGAGCUCCUUGGCUGCAACGUACUACUGAUUGCUGAUGAAAAUUUUGUCAAUGUUGAGAUGCAAUUUGUUUCAGGCAAAACGAGUGGGCACCUUAAUUCCUACAAGAGGAUACUCAAGUUUCAAGUUCCUGCCUGGAUCGAAAGAUUCAAUAAUAGUAGCAUUGAAGAGCGAAGAAAAUCAAGGCCAAAUGGCAACCUACAUAACUGCAUUUACCAUAGACGGAGUAAUUCUGAUGCUGGAUAGUAAAAUAAUAGAUAAAAAAUUCGAAGGCCUAGAAUUUAUAUGACAUUCCUGCUAAGUCAAUAGAUCGGCUGCUAAACCGUUCCAUUUUUGUAAAUAGUUAUACAUACGAGUGUUACCUAAGAAAAGAAUAUAGCGGACAAUCCUAACGAUCGAGUUUUAUCGAUCAAAUGGGUAGUGAAAUUUAACCGGAAGUGUUUUGUGGAAGAUAAUGCUGUGCAUAUCUUUUCUCAGCUUACCUUUUUCGUACUGCACAAAGAUUUCAUGAAUUCCCCGUCGAAGAUGAUGGGAAAGAUUUUCAUUGUUUAUAUGUGAAGUGGACUAAAUUUAACUUUC